GAAAAAAAGAUGGGUGUUUAUAAUCAAAGGGGAGAGAUCCGUUGUGUGUGGUGUGUUGUGCGGCAUGAAGAAGAAGAAAGUCAAGCGAUUCUUGAGAGCUCGGCAGUCCGGCACGACGCGUUGUCCCGAAUGCACGUCGAACCAUCGAUUUCCGCGUGUUCGAGGCCACGUGAUUGGUUAACCAACACAACAGGGAACCCAACAGUAUACUUGGAGAACGUGAUAUAAUAUCAGGAUCAAGGAAAAGGUGAAUAAUAUUCUUCUAUUCAUUGGAUCGAGGAUUAACGAAUGAAUGGGAGUGGCCAGCAUUCCGGAUCACAAGGAUCAUCGUACGAUUGAUGAUAAUGAUAAUGAUAAUGAUAAUUAUGGUAAUAACGAAUGGAAGAUAUUAAGGUCAAUCAAAGAAAGAAUGGAAGUUGGCAAGAGUUCUGUUAAAGAGGAUUUUGUGACGGUGGUUACGGUUGGUAAUCAAGCAACCAAUGAAAACUUUGUUACGGUACUUUCGAUUGGUACUGUUAAAAAGGAUGAUGAUAUUCCUACGACACCUCCAUCGUCAAAACCCUCAUCUUCGACACCUAAUACACAACAAACUACAGCCCCGUCUUCAACGCCAACUACAGCAACAACAACAAAAUUGGUUAAUGGGGUGGUUGAAGCACAUCUCGAAGAAGAAGUUGAAGUAUACAGGCUUCCUGGUGAAAGACUUGGCUUCGGAUUGAAAUUCGAGGGUGGUAAUAAGACGUCGGAACGCGUUAGAAGAUUGUUUGUACAAAGUUGUGCCGAACAGAGCCCUGCCAGUAGGGCCAAGUGUUCUUGGGGUUCAUUGGGAGAGGGUGACGAGGUAUUGUCCAUCGACGGUGUACCAGUGACACACAUGACUCGCUUGGAUUGCGUGCGGAGGUUGAAGGAAUCCCAAUUGGUGAUCAGGUUGAUGGUUAGAUGUCGAGGUGCACUCAGACCGGAAGUAGUUAGUGCCGAGAGAAAGGCGGCAGCGGCAGCAGCAGCUGCUGCGGCUGCUGCCAGUGAGAGGAAGAACAAGAUACCACCGGAAUUACCGUCUUUACCACCACCUCCUUUACCACCGCCAGUACCACCAAGAAAAUUAAGACAAACCCGUGGUUCGGCCGACGGGGAAGCUAAUCCGAGUCCAAUUAAGAAAUCAUUAAAUGGGGGAGUCGUCCUUAAUGAAAUGAAAAAUGUCAAUGUGAGUCCUAAGGAAUCACCGAAAGGUUCGCCAAAAGAUUCAACAUCGAAACAUCGUUCAUCGCCGGAUACGGUUAAACCUAAACAGGAACCACCAGAAGCAAUGGUGUACUUGGAUGCUAGAUCGCAAUGUGGUUCGACACAGGGUAGCACGUCGGAUGAUACAGGAAGUUCAUUGUCAACUGUAGUCGACAGAUUCUCGAGUUCCGAUCGAGUAUCAACGAUCUCAACAACGUCGACGGGUUCAACAGGAUCCGAACAACAUAAUAAUAAUAAUCAACAACACCACCAACAAAUGAUAAACUCGUUCGAACAAUUGGAACGUGAAUUGUCUUCGAGUCAUCCACCCAAUUACUUGCUACAUCGAUUGGCUAGUUCGGAGGCGGUAACUCACGUGGAAUCGCGUGGGGAAGUUGAAAGGAUAACAGCUGUUGUGGCACCUAAUACCGUAUUAAUCGAAGAAACCAUAGCACUGCAACCACCAUUGAGUUUCCAGGAUGCACCAUUAAGUUACGGUCACGAGCCGAGACCAGAUCUGUUCUACGCGGCUGAUUUAGCAGCCGACUCUACGACACAUUUCCGACCAAUCAAGGACGACGCUGAACUGGUCGAACGAGUUGUCAACGAUGAUCGAGAUGAGGAAGAACGGGAAGAACCUAUUCCACGUCCAGCACCACGGGAUAAGACACCACCACCUUUACCAGCAAGAAAUCACGUCAACAGGAUCAACGUUAACCAACAACAGCAGCAGCAGCAGCAGCAGCAACAACAAAGACAAGCCAAUAACGAGGCUUCUACUGAAAACCAUGAAAUUAAAGAUAGGCCCGAUUUACCUCUCUUGCCACCUAAACCAUUACCGCGGAAAGAUGUCAAAGCUAGAAGAAAAAGACCACCACCUCCUCCACCACCGCCACCAGCACAACCACCAACAGUACCAAGAAGGGAACUCGUUUGCCCGACUAUUUCCGAACCCAAACAACAAAUCCUAGAGGAAUCUGUCGAAUCCUCUUCUUUCGAAUCCGAUCAAAUGAACUUGGACGAGUUUGAUCCUCAUCAUCAAGGUACCAAUAAAGUAUUAGAAAUAAUUGAGCUUAGAAAAGCUAAAGCAUUGUCUCCCAAAAAGGAAAUUGUUCAAAUUCAAGAACCCGUUAUCAAGAUCAUCGAUGAUAAUGAUCGUUUAAAUGAUUCUGAUGUUGUAACUUCUGUCGUUGUUGAUUCGAAUGAAAUCAAAUUGAAUGAGGAUGACGAUGAAAACGACAACGACGAGGAUGAUUCUUCCUCUUCCUACAAAGAUGCCAUUUCGUUGAAAAGAAGUGACACCAUACUAAGCGAGAAUUCAACUUACCGUGAAAGCGAAGACGACGAAACUUAUAAAUCUUUGGAUGAAGUCAACGAUGAUCUCAGAAAUACUAAUGUCAAUCGUAUUCUAUCCGAUGAUAAUGAUAGAGAAAUCCUUCAGAAUGUUGACAAUGCUGUUGUUGUUCAUCAUAAUGACAAUGAUGAUGAUGAUGAUGAUGAUGAUGAUGAUGAUAGUACUGAUGAUAGCGACGAUGGUGAUUACUAUUGGCAAUCUAAUCUUGCUACAAUCGGUGAGGAAGAGGAAACUAAUUCUUUGGAAUAUGUUUCUGUAGAGAAAAAAAUAGAUGAAGAGGAUAAAGAGAACAAGGACACAAGGAAAUCGAACGAGAUCAAGAUGGUUGACCUCGAAAACGAACGAGAUGAAACGAGUCGUCUGAACCGAAUCGAAGACUUCCGUGAGUCGGAGAAUACUAAAACGAACAAAGAUUCGGUAAAUGAUAGAAUGGACAAUUGUGGAGGCGGUCAACGGCUGCCCCCAGAUGGGGACGAGUUUCCAGCAGCAUAUCAAGAAUUUGCUAACGAUAACGCUACUCAACACGAAUACAGAUUUCCAACUAACUCGACGACUGCUAUAACCGCUACAACAACGUCCACUAUGGCGACUACUACGACAAUUAAUAAUAAUAAUAAUAAUAAUAAUAUUACCGAAAAUAAUAGUUUUCGUUUGUACGAAAACGAUAAUAAAAAAUCUUUCAACGUUAAGGAUAACUUCAAAGUAUUAACCAACGAAAGCAACAACGUUCUCGGUUCGAGAACCGAAAAGAAUUAUUUCGAAACGAAUUUAGACGACAAAUCUGCAAACAGAAAUUUCUCAAACUCGAUCGGUCACAAUAGCCAAUCCGAUAAUUCGCCGAUUGCUAAUGGAGAGGCCAUAUUAAUAUCUGAAAAGAAAAUUGAAAUAGCUGCUUAUUAUCAUAAAGAAAUUCCGAGUAUCGAGACGGAAAUUCAAAUUCGAUCCGAAGAAAUAUGCCCCGAGAUUCCACCACCAUUACCUUUGACUGGCCCACCGAAACUGGAACAAUUGAAUUUACAUUCGAAAAACAUCGAUCAAUCUCCUACGAAAUUUUCUAUAAACGUAGACCCAUGGAGACAAGACGACAAAUCUGAAAGAUCGGUCAGAGACAAGAUCGCAAUGUUUUCCUCGCAAAGUAGUUUGGAUGCACCUCUGUUCCCAAAUACAGUAAACGUUGCUAACGUAACUAACGUUAGAAAAUUAUCCAAAUACAAAUCGAGCGAAGACGUUUGUUCGGAUGAGAAAAGUCCUAAUCAUAAGGAAAGAUGUUCAUUUUUCUCAGACAGAACACAAAGUUCAUUCGAUUUGACCGAUUCUGCUAAGAGUUAUUCUCCGGAAGGUUCACCUUGCAAAAGAUAUCCUAACAGUUCGAAAAUGCCACCACCACCGCCAGUACCACAUAAACCAACAAUAGCAACGACUUCUAUGGACACCAAAAAUUACAUUACAUCUUUCCCAACGAAAUCUUAUUCUCCAUCGAGUACAAUUUCUUCCCCGGAUAAUAUGCAAAGUUCAACGAAAUUGUAUUCCUCGAUGUUGAACAGCCCAAUAAUCAGCCCAAUAAGCAGCCCAACUAAAACGACAUCGACACCGAUUUUAACAAGAGCUACAAGUUUCUCAGGAUCAAGCUCGUUUACUCAAGAACGAUCGUCGGGAAACAAUGAUGUAUCUAAUGGUAACAAUCAAGUAUCCAGAACAAAUUCCUUGGCUUCUACUUUUAGAAGAAACAGCGAGGAUAUGAGAAGAACUAGCUUGAAUCAACUGAUCGAACAGAGGAGACGAUCGAUCUCGAAGUUACGUGGUUUGGUAAUACCUGAAAAGGAAACUGUACCUAUCGAACAACCUAUCGUUGAUCUACCGGAAAUUAAAUCGCGUAAUUCCAUAUUACUGAGUCAGUUACCCAAGGCUAACAUUCACGACAAAUGGGGAUCGCAAAGUUCAAUAGCAAGUAAUACAAGUUCAGCUAGUGUUCCUUUGAAAGCUACAUCUUUCAAGAUGCCAGCUCCUCAGAUAAACUCAAAAUAUUCACCAGCUUUCAAAAGGAAGAGUCUGACUGUUUACGGUUCUUCCAGUAAUACAAUAAAUUCUUCAACAUAUAUGACAAAAAAUACUCAAGGUAGUAACACGAAUAGCAAUACAAGUAACACCUUGUCCGAACCACCUAAAAGUUUAGAAAGUAUAUGCAGUCCGACGAGAAGCGAUUACAGUUUUGAAUUUGUUUCUACGAGUAAUUCACCAGAUGUUUUACGCGGUAGACCAAGAACUAAUACACAGAGAAAAACACGUAACGAUUACGAUGACUCUGACAAUGACUCUGCAGUAAGUAGUUCCCAGAGUAGCAUAUCACGUGGUUUCAGUCCACCUAUGUCACCUGUACCAUCAGAAAGAUCAACCGUUUCUUCUGAAAGAUCUUACGUUUCGAAUGAAUUAAACUAUCAACGUCGAUCUUAUAUCAUAGACACCUCGAAUAAAACGUUUGUUAAGUCUGACAAUGAAUCAAUAAUUAAUACAGAACAAUUUCAUGCCAGACCUAAUAUUCUUAAUAACGAAAGAACAUACGUUUCAUCAGAAAGAUCAUCUUCGUCGAGCAGUAGUACUAGCAGUUCUAAUCCACAUUCACCUCAGCCAGUAGAUGCAACAAGGAGUUCACAAAUUCCUCAAAGGCAAACAUUGAGAAGAUCUAACAGUACUGAAACGAAUUGUAGUACAUCAUCGACCUUAACAUCGGGUUCCCAGGCUAGUGCAGAGUCAUUAUCGAGACGAGUAUUGAAGCCUCAGAGCGUAGAAGCCAUCAACAGAAAGAAUAUAUUGGCUAGCGCAAGAUGUAGAAGUGGUAGAGAUUUAAACGGUUCUCCAUUAAUCCAAAGAAAAUUCUCGGACGAAGAGGAGACUCAUGCUGAAAAUGGAGGAACAACAAGAAGAAAAAAUAACGUUAAUAAUGGCGUUCCUAAACAGGAUAUCAAAAUAGCUUACAUAGAAGUUACUGAUUCCUUCUUAGAAGAAGAUGAUCAGUUGCAAAUGAAAAUUGAAGAGCCUAAAUUACCUCCAAAAAGAACUAUCAUCACACCAGCUGUGAGACCACCCAAAUCGGAAAUGUUGGAACCUUCGAACGACUUGAAGAUGUGGGUUAGAGCCGAAGCAAAAGCUAUGGCUAGAUCUGCAGAAGAAAAGUUAGUUAAUACGAUAGAAAAAGAAAGUUCGGUGGUAUUGAAAAAUCAAACUACGUCACGUAAUACUAACGAACAAUACAAUUCCAAUGAUUUAGGCUUGAAGAAAAGAUCUGUUCAAAAGGAAACUGAACAGAUUUCGCAAGAAACUAUGAAACAAAGAUGCAAAGUCAGUACUCCAAUAAAAAAUACACAAGAAGAUCAAAACGAUCUUUUGACUAUCCUAACGACGAGAAGUAGAUCGAGAUCUGCGAUACACGUUGAUGAUGGUAGUUUUGGUAGAUCCAAGAGUCAAAUGAGUUUAGAAGACAUACUAAGUGCCAAGGUAGAAACUCCGAAUCCUAAAUUAUUACGAACACAAAGUAUCGAAGGUAGAACGGAAAAUGGAAGUGGUUUGUCUUCGUAUAGACCUAGUACAGAAUCCAGAGACAAUAAUCGUUUUAUCAAAAAGACGCCAACGAAUUCUAACGAUUCUUGGCGAGAGGAUAAACUAUUUGUCUCAAAAAUACCGACGUUAGAUAGAUCGAGAAUCUUAGAUAACAAUGAUGAAACAGAAUUAAUAGAAAAAUCAAAAAACAAUACGUCCAAGAUUCCAACAGCUAGGAAUUUAGGUAGACGUAGCGUCAGUGUAACUGACAUGAAAAAAGCUUUAGAUAAAAUCGAUGCUACAACUAAUAAUGGUCAGAAUCAACAAGUAAUGCAAACUUCGUCUCACAAUCGAUUCCCAAGUUUGGACAGUAGCGUCGAUGAGAAUGUAUCAUCGAUUGGAAAUGAAACAGAUAACGAAAGAUUUUAUAGCGAACAAUUUGGUAGUAUAAGUUCAUUGGCCAGCAGUACCAGCCUGAUUUCGCAACAAGAAUUAGCUCAGCUUGUAGAAGAAGCUAGCUUGGAAGAAGCUCGUUGCGCUCACGAGGUCAUAGUAGUCUUACUACACAAAGAAAAUCCUACAGGAAGCGUAGGAAUAACAUUGGCAGGUGGAGCCGAUUGCGAAGUUAAAGAAAUAACUGUUCAUCGUGUAUUAGCUCAUUCUAUUGCUGACAAGGAUGGUCGUGUUCAAAGAGGAGAUAGAAUACUUAGUAUUAAUGGUAGAAGUGCACGUGGUCUUACGCAUAGAGAAAGCUUAACUGUAUUAAAACAACCAAGAUCAGAAGUUGUACUGGUUGUAUCCAGAGCAAGAAUUGAAGAAGGAUGUAAAUUAAAAUCAAGGACUGCUAGUGUCGAAACCAUUGUUGAAGGAUUCGAAAUGAAUGCUGUGGAAGAUACUGCUUGGGGUCCACCAUCAAUGGUCGCAGUUUACAAAGAUGGAGCUGGUCUUGGAUUCAGUUUAGAAGGAGGACGAGAUAGUCCACUUGGAGACAAACCGUUGGUAAUAAAGAAAAUAUUUACUGGAGGUGCUGCUGAAAAGACAGGUGCAUUAAAGGCAGGGGACCAAUUACUGGAAGUAAAUGGUAGUGAUGUUACAAGAAUGUCGAGGAUAGAGGCUUGGUCUCUGAUGAAAAAAUUACAUGACGGUGAAGUGAACCUCCUAGUCAGGCACCCUGCCACCAAGUCCUCGUGAAUUAUAGUAAAUUAUAAAUGGACUUCUCUUGUUUUUGUAUUGUUCGAUUCAAUUAUCAAGGGAUUAUCAAUUGUUCAGAUCAGAGAAUUGAUAGACAUAAUGGAGAUGAAAAUGAAAAUGAAAAUGAAAAGAAAAUGAAAAGAAAAAGAAAAGAAAAAAUUUCUAUAUACAUAUAUAUAUUUAUUAUCUAUUGUUUUCAUUUUUAAGGUUAUGCCAUGUACGUCAAAGUAUAAUAUUCGCUAAAAUAAUAAUCAAGAAAAAAAAAAAAGAAUGAGAAAAAUAGAAAUAGUGCCUUAGAAAGAGACAAAUUGAAUGCAUUUAUUACAUCAACCUUUUGAAGCAUAACCUUAAAAUAUAUAGUGCUGAAAAAGUGCAAUAAUACUAUCGACGUUAAAUAGUUCGUAUAGUUGAAAUCCUAAAAUCCUCGCUAAUUAAGUCAUAUUUACCUUAAUAAUACUGCAUAAUUUCGUAAUAGUUUCUUCGUUUUUCCUUCUCAAUUUUUAUGUCCUAACCCUUUCACUCUCCUUAGAGGCUUACCAGAAUAUACAGUGGGGUCGUAAUUUAAAAUCGUAUACUAUUACGCUUAUUAGAUUUUUUUUUUGAAAACUAUUACAAUAUAUAUCAAUACACUAGUAUAUCUUUAUUAUAUAUUAAAUGAAUUUAACUUGAAAAUAUUAUUAAUAACAAAUGAACUAUGCAAAUACGAAAAUAAUUUACAAAAAACACCCGUCACUAAAAAUCGUAUGUGUUGGAAUAACUGUAAAAACAGGAGGGAUACUUGAUUUGUUCACUUUAAACAGUUAGCCACCUUUGUUUUCACUGUUCAAAUGGUUUCUAGUAAUAAAAUCAAUUUAAUAA